UUCAACAGUAAUCUGUUUUAAUUGACGACAAAAAACAGAUCUUUUUGAAUUUUUUCAGGAUUAAUAGUGCUGUAUUUAAAAAAGAUUUUUUUUUACCAUUCAUUUUUUUUUCUGUGUCAAAUUCUGUUCAGUGUUUUUUUUUUGUUACCAAAUUUUUCAUGUGGCAUUGAAUCAUCGCCAAGACAUUACCAAAAAUGUACAAUUGUUAUUUGUUAAUGAUAGCUGUUUGUAUAAUAAUUUUAUCAUUACCAAAUGGAUUCGAUGCACAAGGUGCUAUACCAUUUCAGGCAUUCAUGAAAGAAGCUGUCAAUGGUUUUCGUAAUAUUCAAAGAAAUGUUCAACAAAAAAUACAAAGCCGACAACGACAACCAAAUGGUUAUGAAUUAGCACAGGAUAUACGUGAAGCUGUUGUUGAAGAUUUACAACAAAAUCAUGGAAGACGAAAACAAAAAUUAUGUGAAUAUUUACGACAAGGUCAAGUAUAUCGUGGACCAUGUCCAGCUGAUGAUGAUGGUUAUAAUAAUAAUGGUGAUGCUACAAAUGGUGAUUAUGUCGAAGAAGGUGGUCGACAAUUAAGUCGUCAAGAAGCUAAAUAUAUUCGACGACAAGAAAAACAACGACGUAAAGAAGAACGUCGUGAACGUAAACGUCAACGUAAUCGUAAUAGAGAUGGUUAUUAUGAAGAACCAUCGCAACCAGAAAGAGGAGAUUAUGUUCAACCUGAUCAGGAAACAAAACUUAUUAUUCGAAUAAAUCCACCAAAAGGUAAUAAUCGUUAUGAAAAUAAUAAUAAUAAUAAUGAUUAUCAGGUUAAGCCUGAAAUCAUUGUUCGUGAUGAAGAAGAUAAUAAUCAACGUGGUAAAAUUCGUGUACCAUCCGGUUUCAAUGAAAAUAAUAUUAAUCCUAAAAAUGAACGACAAAAUCGUGAUCCAAGUGAAAUGGUUCCUUGCCGUACUAAUAAUGGUUUGGAUGGUCUUUGUGCACCGGCAGCAUAUUGUUAUGCACAAUAUAGUGAUCCAGAUGAUUAUCAAUCAAAUAUAUGUCAAUAUGUUGGUACUGGUGCAAAUGGUAUUUGUUGUCCAAUCGAAGGAGAUCGUGUCCAAAGACGUUACAGAAGUCAGAUACAAUUGCCACAGGAACAAAAACCAACAAUGCGUGUUGGAUUCAUCAGUUUAGAAGAUAUUAAUACGGCUGCAAAAGAAGCUAAUAAAUUUAUUGAAAAUUAUAUUGAACAAGAAAGACAAUUAGUUUCACAUGGUAUGGUACAACGACAUGGUUCUAUGCAGGCAUUACAUCAGGCUUUUUUCGGUGAAUUUGAUCCAGUACAAUUUCGUUUAACUGUUGGUGGUUUUAUUAAUCUGGUAACUACAUUGGUUAUCAAACGAAAAUUUAAACUUACAAAUGAACAAGCUCGUGAUGGACUUUAUCGAUAUUCAAUUGAACAUACUGAUUUAGAACAAUAUUGUAUUGCAGAACCAUCAUGUCAACAGGGUAAAUAUCGUACGAUUGAUGGUAGUUGUAAUAAUUUACAACGACCAUUAUGGGGUAAAUCAAAUACGGCAUACGAACGUUUAUUACCACCUAAUUAUAAUGAUGGUCUGAAUGAACCUCGAACAAGAUCUGUUACCGGUGAUCUAUUACCAUCAGCACGUUUAGUAUCACAAAUAUCGGCACCAAGUAGAAAUGUUCCGGAUUCAAAAUAUACAUUGAUGCUUAUGCAAUGGGGACAAUUUAUUGAUCAUGAUUUUACAUUAGCAUCAUCUACUCGUGCUGCUACAGGUCAAGGUUUAAUUUGUUGUCAUCCCGAAAGUCAACGAAAAGUUGAACAUCAUGCAUGUUUUCCCAUUGAAAUAUCUGAACAAGAUUCAUUUUAUCGUCGUUUUAAUCAAAAAUGUAUGAAUUUGGUACGUAAUGCACCUGCACCAAGAAGUGGUUGUUCACUUGGUCAUCGUGAACAGAUGAACACUUUGACACAUGUUAUCGAUGGUUCUAUGGUUUAUGGUCCUACAGUAGAACGAGCUAAACUUUUACGUUCAUUUCGUGGUGGACGAUUAAAAACUUCAUCAUUUCAGAAUAAAGAAUUUCUACCAUUCGAUCGUGGUAAUCAUUCAGAUGAUUGUGCCAUACCUGAACGUGAUCAAUCAAGAUUUAAAUGUUUUCUUGGUGGUGAUGCUCGUGUUAAUGAACAAACUGGAUUAACAAUGAUACAUGCAUUGUUUGUUCGUGAACAUAAUCGUGUGGCUGCUGAAUUGUCAAGAUUAAAUCCAAAUUGGCCAGAUAAUACAUUAUAUCAAGAAGCAAGAAGAAUUGUUGCAGCCGAAAUUCAACAUAUUACUUACAAUGAAUAUUUACCAACAAUAUUAAGUCCAACAGUAAUGAAACAAUUUGGUCUUUUACCAAAAACAUUUGAUUUUACCUAUAAUUAUGAUCCAAAAAUUAAUCCAAAUGUACUAAAUGAAUUUGCUGGCGCUGCAUAUCGUUUUCAUUCAUUAGUACAGGGAACAUUUCGUGCUUUAAAUCAAAAUGGUCAACCAACACAGGUUAUACGUUUACAUGAAGUAUUCAAUAAUCCAUUAACAUUAUAUAAUCCAAAUGCAUUUGAACAAUUUUUGAAUGGUUUUGUUACUGAUCCCGGACAAACAUGGGAUCAUUUCUUUACUGAUUCGUUAACAAAUCACUUGUUUGAAGAAAGAGGAUCAGGAUUCGGUAUGGAUUUAAUAGCAUUAAAUAUUCAACGUGGCCGUGAUCAUGGAUUACCCGGUUAUAAUAGUUAUCGUCGUUUAUGUGGUCUACAGCCGGCCAAUUCAUUCAAUGAUUUGAAUCGAUUUAUGACAGCCGGUGCAGCUGAAACAUUUUCACAAAUGUAUAGAAAUGUUGAAGAUAUUGAUCUAUUUAUUGGCGGUGUACAUGAAGAUCCAUUACCGGAUGCAUUGAUUGGACCAACAUUUGCUUGUAUUGUAGCCGAACAAUUUCGUCGUACAAAAUUAGGUGAUCGAUUUUGGUAUGAAAAUGGAAAACUACCACAUUCAUUUAGUAAAGAACAAUUAAUGGAAAUUAAAAAAUCCAGUUUGGCUUCAAUAAUUUGUGAUAAUACCGAUACGAUUGGACGAAUACAGCCAUUAGCAUUUCUUCGGCCAGAAUCUUGGAAUGGUAAAAUAACCUGUAAUCAAAUUAGCCGUAUGAAUCUAUCACCAUGGCGUAAUGAAAGAAUUUGGUCUUAGAAG